GUCGUUUUUUUGCCUCGUCAUCCUCUCGUCAAAUUUGAUUCCUUACCUUCUCGACAACACUGCGCCAAUCCCCCCGGACACGGCUGCCCCUCUUCCAACCUCCAGUCCAUCAGAUCUCCCCUGCCACAUUGUGUUCUCGAGUUGAUCUCUUGUUCGAAAUGGCGAGGAGAGGAAAGAAGACUGCGGCGCAGAAAAGGGCCGAGCAGGCCACCCGUCGUCGUCGGGAGUCACUGUUGAACCAAGCUGAGAAAGCUGACGACUCGGGGGAAGAAAAGGCUCCCCCUCUUCGCCCGGUGCUGCUGAACGGACGUAAGGGUCCCGGUCAACCCCGGAACGUGCGAAAGGGACGAAAAGGCUCGAUUUCGAAGACGGAUCCAAGUUGGGCGUGGCGUACUGUCUUCACAUGGGUAGUCUUUGCCAGUCUGGGAAUGUGGCUCUAUUCGUUGGAAAUGAAAGACCUGCAUGAUACGGUGAUCUCUGUUGCUGAUAAGUUGCCUCUAUCUGUGAAAAAUUGGUUGGAGUCCUUCCAUGCUCCUGCCCCGAAAGACCAGGAAAAUCAGGAUGAGUCGAUCAGCAUUCCCCAUGACUGGCACCUUGGACCUGACCUCACAAAGAAGUUGUACUCUCUCGACGAAAUUAAGUAUAAGCAGGAUGGUCCAUUGCUCCUGGUUCUAAUUGGGCAUGUUUUUGAUGUGACUGGUGCUGAUUAUUAUCAGCCAGGAAGUGGAUAUCACGCAUUCAUAGGGCAAGACGCAUCCCGAUCCUACGUGACUGGCAACUUCACCGCCGAGGGUGUAACGGAUGAUGUGGAGGGUCUCCAGGCUACCGACUAUAUCGGACUCGAAAGUUGGUUAAAAUUUUACCUGGAACAUGGAUCUUACAAAUUUGUUGGUUACCUUGAUGGAAAGUACUUUGACUCUAACGGUCACGAAACUGCGGCUAUGAAGAAGUUUAGGUCUUUGCUUUCUUGGGCCAAGGAAGAAAUUGAAAAAGAGGGCGAUUUGCUGCAAUUAUUUCCUUCAUGCAAUGUUGAUUGGAAGGCCGAGACAGGGUCAACCCUCUGGUGCAGUGCAAAAAGUGGCGGAGUCGACAGGGAUUGGGUUGGCUUCCCCCGAAAAUUCUUCGAGAAACCGGACAAGUCCCCGAGAUGUGCCUGUGUCCAUCCAAAUUACUUGGCUGACCCUCGCGUCAAGGAAUACCUAUCGUGUCCAUCCACUUCAUUGUCAUGCAAACUGCUUGAAACUGACAAGUAGCUCACUAUUAGUCUUAUAUAAAAAAGUCAAUAUUACAAAUUACAUACAGUACUUGCCAUUGCGUACUUAAACUAAAAACUUACACACCGUGAUAAUAAGCAUAUUAAACUAAAAAUGAAACCUAGCUUUUAGAUAAGUCAACCGUUAAAUUGAAAUUUUACCAUUUUCCACUUCCUGUAUCUGAUUAACUUUAAAAUUUUUAGUCAUGUCAUGUUUGUCUACCAAAAUAAACCACUGCAGUAUAAAGUUUUAAUAUUUAUUAAAUAUCUCCAUAUGCCUACAGCAAGUAUAUGGGUUUUAAUGUAAACCAGAUUUGGUAACAAUGUUAUUAAAUAUGAAAUAUUUUGUUAUAUCUGAAAAAAA